CGUUGUGGUUCAGUCAGUUAUAAAACCCCCUCAACUCCUAAGGGACUUUCUUUCUAUACUUCUGCACUAUAAAGGAUUGGAAAUAAAGCAUAUGUCAUCUUAGAAGUGUAUUUGAAAAGGAAAUAAAAACAGAACGCUGCAUUUUGGGGUAGGACAGCCACACAGGAAGCUUUAAACAGUUUGUAAGACAACCAGUUUUCUGUACCCGGUCAGCUGCUGUAUCUUUGGAGGAUGCUGUCGGAAGGUUACCUUCACAGAAUUGCCUACCUUUGUGAAGACCUGAGCUCUGAGCUCUGCACCAACGUGGCAGCCGAGGAAGUGGUGUAUGAAAUGAGGUCCAUUAAUUAUUCUUCCAUUGAAGAAGCACAAGGAAAAAGCUUCCUUCAGAGAUGCAGAUCUGCUGGCAAAUGUUUUUCCUCAGUCCACUCUAAAGGCAGCAAACACAGCAGAAGGCAGAAGGAUAAUCUUCUACAGCCCACACAGCACCCAGCACCUGAAGGGCAGACAUCUCCAGCUACAGACGUCUGCGAGGGGCUGGCAAGAAAAGACACCUACCUGGUUCCAUCCUCCUGCAAAAGCAUCUGCAAGAACUACAAUGACUUGCAUAUAGCUGGGGAUUACGUGGUGCCUAUUAGCUCAGUGGCGUCAGAUUUUACCUGUGACAGUGGCAUCGGCCCUUUCCUGGAGUCCUCAGAGAUUCCUCCGCCCAUGGAGUCCAUGAGGGUCCCCCCCAGUGAGACCAUCCGCAGGCCAGUCCAAGGCUUCUCAUCGUGCUGGCGGCUGGCGAGCUUAAUGCCACACCAGCAGCCUCUCUCUGACUCGGCCCUCAACGACUACCUGGAGCAGAAGCUGGUGGAGCUGUACAAGCAGUACAUCAUGGAUAGCACAGCAAACAGGGCAUCUCCCACUCAGAUCCUGGCCUCGGAGCUCAUCAUGACUAACGUAGACCAAAUCAGCAUGCAGAUAUCACGAGAGAGGAAUAUGGAGACCACCAAGGCCAAAGACAUUGUCAUCAGCCGCUUCCUACAAAUAGCCAGUGAACAAAUAUCCUCUGAAAUUAGCACACCCAGUCUGCAUAUUUCCCAGUACAGCAACACUAAUGUGUAGUAUUUGAAUUUCUACAGUUAGACAGUUUUUAGGUUCUGCAAACUCAAUUUUUAUUUUUUAUUAUUUUUUAUUUUUAUCUCUUCAGACAUCUUUUUGCUUCGUUAAAAUUUAUUUACUGUCUACCAGUUACAUUUUCCAGUACAUAUUAAGUAAAAAUAUCUGUACUGCACAGAUGUCCCCCUAUUGUGCGCCAGAUGAAUUACUUUUUUUUUUUUUUUGUUUUUUCCCAAAGGCUUAUUUCAGUGAGUGAGUCAUGGACAUUAAAAAAAAAAAAAAAAGUAGAAAAAUGACUACGAGCAUAUGACACUCUUCCAGAUACUCUCUUUCUUCCCCCUUGACAUCUAAUUUCAACUUUCCUCCCCUGGAAUCUGCCAUCCUACCUGAGGGUCUUUGUGAAGCUAAGGCUCACACCUCUGCAAGUACAGGGACCGCAGAGCCACAGAAACAGAGAAUUCAGGAUGCCAUCUGGUUCGUCUCCUUGACCCAAACUGCUUUACUUAUAACACCUCUGUCAGAUAUUUUUUAUAAUCUGUUCUUAAAGAUACCAAAUAAUAGACACUUUACAGCUUCUUCUAUACUAGGUCUAAUUAAUCCAUUGGUGUCUUCCAAUUCAAAUUUACCAUCCCUUUUUGUAAAGCAAAAACUCUGUUUCCAGACAGACUUUGUCAGAAGGAGUGUGUGUGUAUAGCUGUAUAUUUUGUGACGAGCUGAACUUCUACGACAGACGUCGGUGACUUGAGAUGCCAGACAGACACCCACCAUGUUUGUCAGCGACUUAAAGACUGGCGUGGUCAUGUAGGGAUAGUGGUGAUAAUAAGGGGAAUGCUUCUUUCUCUUCCCCCUAUUUUUAAGAGAAUUUCAAAUUGAAAAAUAAGGGCUAAGCCAAAGCCCUAGUAAUUAACGUGACCAAUUCCUUUGACCACUGAAGGAAAGCAGAAACAGACCACUCAGCAGCAUGACCAACCCCUCCUUUUGUUACGAGCGUUGCUGUAUGUCAUAGGCCAUGGUUAUUUGAACUUGACAUAUAUCUAAUAGAAAGGUCUUCUGUAAAAUCUCACAAGUCUUAAAAAAGAAGAAAAAAAUAAUUAGCUGCCUCAAGGGCAAGGAUGGUUACCUGCUUUGAGUCGGUAUGAUAUAUAACACAUUUUCUAUGACAAUCCAUCAUUGGUUGAGUUUCUAAGUUUAAGUAUAAUGUAAAUACUAAUUUAUAAUAAAUAUUCAUCAAAUGUUUUCA